AUGAAGACCACCUGGAAGGAUAUCCAACCGGUGCCGACGCAUCAGGAGUUCCUCGAUAUCGUAUUGAGUCGAACGCAAAGACGUUUGCCGACGCAGAUUCGUGCUGGAUUCAAGAUCAGUCGAAUCAGGGCCUUCUACACGCGAAAGGUCAAAUUCACGUCUGAGACUUUUUGUGAGAAAUUCUCGGCAAUUCUCGAUGGCUUCCCUAGGUUACAGGAUAUUCAUCCAUUCCAUAAGGACCUACUAAAUACGCUUUAUGAUGCCGACCACUUUAGGAUUGCGCUUGGUCAACUGUCGACGGCGAAGCGCUUGGUUGAAACCGUUUCUCGGGAUUAUGUACGCCUACUUAAAUAUGCACAAUCACUUUUCCAGUGCAAGCAAUUGAAGAGAGCCGCCCUUGGCCGUAUGGCAACUAUAUGCAAACGUUUAAAAGAUCCACUACUCUACCUCGAGCAAGUACGUCAACAUUUAGGCCGUCUUCCAUCCAUCGAUCCCAACACCCGAACCCUGCUCAUCUGCGGAUAUCCAAAUGUGGGUAAAUCCAGCUUCUUGCGGAGCGUGACCAAGGCAGAUGUCGACGUCCAGCCAUAUGCUUUCACUACCAAGAGUUUGUUCGUUGGGCAUUUUGACUACAAAUAUCUCCGAUUCCAGGCCAUAGAUACCCCAGGAAUUCUGGACCACCCCCUUGAGGAGAUGAACACUAUCGAAAUGCAGUCGAUUACAGCAAUUGCGCAUUUGAGAUCCGCCAUUCUCUACUUUAUGGACCUUUCCGAGCAGUGUGGAUACUCAGUUAUCGAUCAGCUUAAGCUCUUCAACAGCAUCAAGCCACUUUUUUCGAACAAACUCGUUUUCAUCGUUAUUAACAAGAUUGAUGUGAUGCGCCCUGAAGAUCUUGAUCCCGAGACUCAGGAACAGUUACAGGCUGUUCUGAAAUCAUCUGGUGUGGAGAUGUUGCAGCUUUCGUGCGCCACAACGGAGGGGGUGACCGCGGUGAAAAAUGCGGCUUGCGACAGACUAAUUGCGGAACGAGUUGCUCAGAAGCUGAACACCGGUGCGAACAGCUCGGGAACUCCCACAGGGCGACUUGGUGAUGUUUUGGCUCGUAUUCACGUCGCCCAACCUAUAGGUGGAGUGCGCGAAACUUUCAUUCCAGAAGCCGUGAAAUCUCUUAAGAAAUAUGAUAAAAACGACCCCAACAGACGUAAACUCGCAAGGGACAUUGAGGAAGAGAACGGCGGUGCUGGUGUUUAUAGCUUUGAUCUCAAGGAAGGCUAUCUACUCGCCAAUGACGAGUGGAAACAUGAUAAGAUGCCUGAAUUGUGGGAAGGAAAGAAUAUCUAUGACUACGUCGAUCCUGAUAUUGAGGAGAAAUUGGCUCAGCUGGAAGAAGAGGAAGAGAAAUUAGAGGCAGAAGGAUACUAUGACUCCGAUGAGUCUGUUGAAGACGCUGACGAAGCUGAGAUCCGUAUGAAAGCUGAUUUGAUCCGAGAAAAACGGGCUCUGAUCAUGAAUGAAUCGAAGAUGAGGAAGUCCCUUAAGAACCGUGCAUUAAUUCCUCGAAGUGCAAGGAGCAAGAAACUGUCGGAUAUGGAGAAACACCUCGACUCGAUUGGUUACGAUGCAAACGCUUCUUCUGCGCGUGCCAAAGCUCAACCGCAGUCUCGUGGCCGGACCGCGACCAGAGAUGAGCCGGAUGCUAUGGAUGUUGAUACUCCAGAAUCUCAGCACGAUGCACUUCGACGAGCCGUCAGUCGUGCACGAAGUCAGGCAGCCACUAACCGUCGUGUAGACGGUGUUACCAGCCUUACCAGCAGGUCCAACGCUGAGAAACUCAUGAAACUUGGUCAAAAGAAAAUGAAUCGCAUGGCCAGACAGGGUGAAGCAGACAGACACACUCCAGCAUCCCUACCCAAACACUUGUUCUCCGGUAAGCGUUCCAUUGGCAAGACCCAACGACGUUAA